AGUGGCACACCCUUAGAGCUCCAAUUCUCAGCCUCAUCGUUUUGUGUGGCAUACAUUGAGAUAGCCUUUGCAAAAAUCAAGAAACGAACCUCUCAAAAAAAGAUUUGUUUUUUUUUUCAAACUGCAAAAUCCCAAGUUGCAGAAGAAGAGAAGAAGAAGAAGAAGAAGCCAUGGCCAACAUGAUGAUGAGCUCCUCCAAAGUUCUAAUCACUUCUUCAUCCUCCACCAUCCCUCCAUCUCCAAGAUUCAAACUUUCCCUCACCCAAAUCCCUUUUCCAAAACUACCCCUCCCCAAAUCACCCAAAUCCCUUGAAGCCCUUUCAAUCCCAUCAACUCUCAAGUCCAUUUCUGUCAUUCUUGCAAGCUCAUUGGCCAUGGCACCACCUUCACUAGCAGAGGAAAUUGAAAAAGCUUCCCUUUUUGACUUCAACUUGACACUCCCAAUCAUGAUGGCUGAAUUCCUCUUUCUCAUGUUUGCUUUAGACAAGAUUUACUUCAGCCCAUUAGGGAAAUUCAUGGAUGAAAGAGAUUCUGCCAUUAAGGAGAAAUUGAGCAGUGUGAAGGACACCUCUGCUGAAGUGAAGCAACUGGAAGACCAGGCUGCUGCAAUUAUGAAGGCUGCAAGGGCUGAGAUAUCAGCAGCAUUGAACAAGAUGAAGAAAGAGACUCAGCAAGAAGUAGAGCAGAAGAUUGCAGAAGGAAGGAAAAAAGUUGAGGCUGAAUUGCAAGAAGCUUUGGCUAGCUUAGAGAGUCAAAAGGAGGAGACAAUCAAGAGUCUUGAUUCUCAGAUUGCUGCCCUUAGUGAUGAGAUUGUCAAGAAAGUCCUUCCUGUCAGUAACUAAUUCUGAAAAGUUGUAAUGUUUUUUUCUUGGGAUUGGUAAGAGUUAACAGCUUGUUUGGAUGGAUACUUGUUGCAUGUAAUAUUGUACCGUGUUGUUAGUUUAAAUACAAAUGUUUAUUUUGAUUGUUCAUUA